AUGCUGUCCUUUAUCCUCAUCCAAAAUCGCCAGGGCAAAACCCGCCUGGCAAAAUGGUACGCCCCCUACAGUGACGACCAAAAGAUCAAGCUCAAGGGCGAGGUCCACCGGCUCGUGGCGCCCCGCGACCAGAAAUACCAAUCCAACUUCGUCGAGUUCCGCAACAACAAGAUUGUGUACCGCCGGUACGCCGGCCUCUUCUUCUGUGCGUGCGUCGACACAAACGACAACGAGCUGGCGUACCUCGAGGCCAUCCACUUCUUCGUCGAGGUGCUGGAUGCCUUUUUCGGAAACGUGUGCGAGCUGGAUCUUGUCUUUAACUUUUAUAAAGUGUAUGCGAUACUGGAUGAGGUCUUCCUGGCCGGUGAGAUCGAGGAGACAAGCAAGCAAGUUGUUUUGACAAGAUUAGAACACUUGGACAAGUUGGAGUGA